UCUAUCUCAGUCGAUUAUCUGAAAUUAUAUAUUAAUUUAACACCCAUUUGGCCAUUUGGCUGCUUAGAUUUUAGUGCUUUUUUGCUCUUUCCUUCACGAGAUUUGCGCUUUAUUCAAGCUCAUGAACAUGCCCAUCUGUGGUCUAUGCUUAGUGUUCACGAUUUUCCAGCUCUUUAGUUCACUCGGUAUUGGUUUCAAGAAAAGUUUAAAGCUUACUUUUAAGCUAAUGUACGCCAUUUCAUUGGAAGUUUUAGAUCAACUUAGUGCUAUCCUUUUGAGCUUUUAUCACUGUUUUUCUUUUUCAGUUUCAAUUUUACAUCCUUGGUGCUGAAUCCAGGUUACUUGAUCUGCUUCUUCAGUUGAUUAUAGGAAUUCCAUUUCUGUUUGCAUUGCUUGACGUGUCACUAAUGUAUAUCCUCCCACAAUGCUUAUAGAAAAUGCACUCAAUCUGAUAUUCAAUCUUUGUUCUGCUUUUGGUUUCAUCUGAUUUGGAAAGUUUAGAACAGAGUUGUUGUGAUUUUAGUAUUGACAAUGGGUGAGUCCAUCUUUUGCUUUAGAAAAUGUAGAUUAGGAAGAAUAAUGGGUUGCAUUCAGCUUAUACUAGGUUCACUUGUUAUAAUCGUGAGCUUUUCGAGUUUGUUAAGGUUUUAUUCUGCUGGAUUUUUCAUGCAUGAUGAGGAUAUAUGUCGCCAUUUCUAUGGCGCGAGCGAUGUCUAUGAUCAUUUUGACAUAAUAGCUCUAACUUCUCGGGUUGAUGAAGUGCUCAAUAAGAUGGAAACUUUGCAAGAUAAGAUUGAAAAAAUUGUCCAAGAAAUGGAAAAGAACAAAGAUCAGUUGCAUAGAAGUGGUAUUUCCAAAUUGGAAUACAAGAGAUUCUUGGAAGAAGAGGUGAUUAAGCCUUUAUAUUCAGCUCAUAUUGCCCUUAGGCAAAUUAGAUUGCCUAAAGUUGAGAAUAUGACAAUUAAAGAAGACCCUUUGAUUAAUACCUUUGUGAUUGAGGAGAUCCGAAAGUAUAUUACCCUGAAGGAAAAUAGACAUAAGAAGGUUAACAUUUAUGGAACAGAAGGGAUUUAUAACACGAUAGGGCAUGCUUGUGUAUCGAUGAAGAAAGAAUUGGAGGAAUAUAUGGAUUAUGAUAUUGGUUCAUAUUGUAAAGAUGAUUGGAACAUCGCGCAGAAGCUUAUGAUUAAUGGUUGUGAUCCAUUGCCAAGGAGAAGGUGUUUGACGAGGGCAUCUAAGCAAUAUCAAAAGCCUUAUCCGAUUAAUGAAUCUUUAUGGAGGAUCCCGGAUGGGAGAAAUGUUAGGUGGAACAAUUAUAUUUGCAGGAACUACGAGUGCUUAUCGAGUAAGAAUCCUAAACGAGGCUAUACUAAGUGCAGUGGAUGUUUUGAAAUGGAUAAAGAAGAGCUAAAAUGGGUAGCAAAUGCUUCACUUCCUGUGGAUUUUAUGAUCAAAGAUGUUUUGGGAAUUAAGCCGGGGGAGAUCAGAAUUGGUCUUGAUUUUGGUAUUGGUACGGGGACUUUUGCUGCAAGAAUGAGAGAGCAGAAUGUGACAAUUAUCUCGACUGCACUGAAUCUUGGAGCUCCUUUCAGCGAGACGAUAGCACUUAGGGGUUUAAUUCCACUAUAUGUGACAUUGAACCAAAGGCUUCCAUUCUUUGAUAACACUAUGGAUUUGAUCCACACAUCUGGACUUAUGGAUGGUUGGAUUGAUCUGCAGCUGUUGGAUUUUAUCCUAUUUGACUGGGAUCGGGUUUUAAGACCAGGAGGCUUGUUAUGGAUCGAUCGAUUCUUUUGUAAUAGAAAGGAUCUGGAUGACUAUAUGUACAUGUUUCUGCAAUUCAGGUACAAAAAGCAUAAGUGGGCUAUUUCUCCCAAGUCCAAUGAUGAAGUUUAUCUUUCUGCAUUAUUAGAAAAGCCUCCUCGAGCGUUAUGAUCGUAUUGUCUUUGUUAUACUGACAUGGUAUUCAUAGGAUUUAUAUAUCUGCAACAUUUGUUCUUGUCUGAAAAUUUGUACUAAGAAAGUUGUGCUUCUCUUUGUUAUCAAAAGAUUAUUC